AGUUUGAUUGGACUGUUUGCCUUGCAGUUGGUAAAUUUUUGUUAGUUUUAUGGAACUGCGGGAUCCGGAUUAUGUCCCCUCCUUCUGUUUGUCGCUGCUGGAUUUCUGCUAGUCUCCCUUGUUAAGUGGAUUUGGACAGAGCCCCUAUUGUUCCCAGCCCACUCCUACCUAAUAUGGCAUUCUCGUGGAAAGCCCCAGUUUCCUGAAACGAGCGACAAGAAGCCGGCGAAUGGCGAAGGCAGAUCUGAGAGUGAGAGACAAAAUGUGAAAGACGUUUCAGUGUAGUACACGGAGACUGUACAAUGACGGGAUGAAAGCUGGCGGAUUGUUUGGAUAUUCAGGCGAAUCUGCGGCUGAAGGCUCCUGUUUGUUCUGGAAGCGCGGGGGACAACAGUGCGGCUCACCGACCUGACGGAUCAUCCUGAGGGUUUGGACUGGUUUAAACUAAGGCCCUCAGCGUCUUGUUACAAACCACAGAAGGACAAGGAUUAAAGUAUUCCGUGUGUUAUAAGGGAAUAGAGAGGGAGAAAGUCAGCAUUAGACUAUCAUGCCUGCUCGUAGUUCAAGAAGUAAGCAGCGUGCCGGCGCUGAGGACGGAGCGGAGAGCGCGGAGCCCUUCACCAUUUCUGUUAAAAAGAUGCUGAAAUGUGUGGUGGUCGGUGACGGAGCUGUUGGCAAAACCUGCUUACUCAUGAGCUACGCCAAUGACGCUUUCCCUGAGGAAUAUGUACCCACUGUGUUCGACCAUUACGCAGUAAAUGUUACCGUAUCUGGCAGACAGCACUUGUUGGGGUUGUACGACACAGCUGGGCAGGAAGACUACAACCAGCUGCGGCCCCUUUCCUACCCCAACACUGACGUGUUCCUCAUCUGCUUCUCUGUUGUGAACCCUGCCUCUUUUUACAACGUGCAGGAAGAGUGGGUUCCUGAGCUCAAGUCAUGCAUGCCUCAUGUGCCAUACAUCCUCAUAGGCACACAGAUUGACUUGCGAGAUGAUCCAAAGACACUGGCCCGUUUGCUCCAAAUGAAGGAGAAACCCCUGACAUACGAGCAAGGCCUCAAGCUGGCCAGAGAUAUCGGUGCACAGUGCUACCUCGAGUGUUCAGCGCUGACCCAGAAGGGACUAAAGACAGUGUUUGACGAGGCCAUCCUGACAAUCUUCAGCCCCAAGAAGAAGAAGAGGUGCUGUAUAUCAUGCAGGAGCUGCUGUACUAUUGCAUGAUUGCAGCACCUUAGGUAUACCGCCUAGUGAACAUCAGCAAACAUCACAGAAUUGGUCUAUUUAAGGCAGGAAAAAGACAUGGCACAAGUUCCUUCAGUACCGGAAGGGGGAAAUGAGACACAGCUGAGUCUUCCAGCACCUCCAAAUCAAUGUGUAUUUUGCAUCAACACUUCUGUCAUGCAAAUGAGAACAAAUCACACUUCAUCCAAUUUAUUUUCUACAUAAUAAUUAUUAUUAAAUAAUACUUCAGAUUCAAGGCUUUUCAGUUGUUUUCUCACAUUUUCUGUAAAGUGACUCGUACAGAGACGUUGAAACACGUCACGCUUCACUGAAUUGGAGUGGAUCUAAAUGAACACAAUGUGUAUAUCAGCCUACUCUGCUUACAUUUAACUGUGAUCAAGGAGUUUCCCUUUGGGAUUUGGAAACUCAAAUCUAUGUAGAUGCCUAGUUUGCUCCUUCUUUAAGCUCAAUACAAGUGCCUCGAUCAACUUCCAGUCAUUCUAUUCGUGUUCAUGCCAAAGACGGAUUGCUUUCUCAUCUUAAGCUUUAGACAGGGACACAUUUCUCGAAAUUGCCCCAGUGUGACUUUCUCAAUUACCAGUCCACAACAUCUUGUUUUCCAGCUAUGGGUUAUUUUAAGUUUCUUACAUUAUAGGCUUUUCAAAGUGAAAGAAAUGUUGAAAAUCCAUUCCUCUGUACAUGGUGAUUUUUUUUUUUUUUUUUUGCCUCAGAUCAAUAACAUGCUCUUUUCUACAGCCAUAUCCUGAGAUAGUUAAUAAGGGAAACCCUCAGGAGGCUGGCCAAAUCAUCAAUAAAGAGAGCAGAUACAGAAAGAGAAUGGUAGAAAUGAGAGGAAACAACAGGAUUUAACACAAACCCAGUGGUGCUACAGUACACAGAAGAUUGCUCUUCCUCUAUAAAAGAAAAUUACGCAGGCUAAAUGUCUCUCUCUUUGUUUCUAUGAGAUGAUCUUUUCAGAUGAUCUUGAGAAACUAACCAGGAUUUCAGUUGCAGAAGUGCCGCCAGCUACAGCAACAUCUGCAGUUUAACCACAGUAUUUUAUUUAUAGCUAUUGUGUAGCAGUGCAGGAGCCACCUGAUUUUACUGAUAUUACUGAAUUCUCCCCAUUUUCUUCCUCAUUCCAUCCCAUGGAGGACAUUUUGGCUUCCCCACACACACACCCACACACCAUGGCCAAUUUAUUUGUUCUCUUGGCUCCUGUCUACAGAUGGUUGAGACAUCAUCAGGAUUUGAACUCACCUUUUGACCUGAGAAGAAAACACUCCUGCUUAUGUAGUGAACACUCAGAUUUUUGCCCUGCUGUUUUCCUGGAACACCUCCUUAAUGAAAAUUAGCUGUCUCAUCCACCUACGUGGCUUUUUUUUUUUUUUUUGAUCAAAUUCAAUUGCUUCUUUCUGUCUGCUUGGAUUUUCUUGUUGGCACUUCUGCAACAGUGGUGCUAUGAAAAUCCUCAGGCCAUGAAACAGAUGCUCUUAGGAUCUGCAUUUUACAACUGUACAUGUCAUUACAACAAAGAACUUAAGACUUUAUCAGAAGUCCAGCCUCUGUGGUAAUCUUCAACAGCAAUCAUACACUGUUUUACUGCUCCAAUUCUGCCAAAUCGACCUCCUCAUUCCAGCCUAUUUAAGAAAGCCAGAAACACAUGAAGCUUAGUCGUCAUCCCUCAUCUUUUUCCAAAGGUCUUUUGGAGCAGCCAGGGGUCUAUAAAUCAUGUUGAAUCACUGAUCUGCCUUGGAAUAGCGCAGAAGUUCAGAAACGUUCUCGUAUUCAUUUAGAGACUUCCAGUAUCUGAAAUAACACCAACACACACACAUCUGGUCUCAAUGCUGUUUAAAUGCACUCCUUCCUUGGCACUAAAUUCAUUUGCCUUGGUGUAUACUGGUUGCCUUUGCGAGGCACCUCAGGGACGCAAGCCACCUCCUCAAUGAGCCUGAAUCCACGUGCCUUCCAUGUAGCAGAGUUAAGUUACUUUUUUUUUUCUUUCUCCAAACACUGUGCCUUACACCAUUCUAUGCACCAUACUGUGUACUGUAAUCAUUAACUAUAACUUGACCUGUGUAUCAUUUUUUUUUUUUGGUAUAUGUAUUAUUUACAUUAUCAUACAGUUUUAUUUACUACAUCAGUAUAUGUCUAAUAAACCAAUAACUUGGUGUAUAACUGCUUUUCAUUAAAAUAAAAAAAAAAGAUGUAUUUAUAGUUUGUACAUAUCAGGUGUGAUUAAAAGGUGAGAACAAAGAA